AUGUAUGUUCAAAACGCCUUCCACGCACUUCUAGCUAGUGCUGCGCUCUUUGCCAGUGCUGAGGCGAAGAAGAACUGCCAUACCAGACUACACACCACCAGCACUCCCUCGGCCAGCUCGGAGCUUGCAUCAACACCGUCUGCCUCGUCAAUUGAAUCGCCGAGCAGCUCUCAAGUCUUUUCGUCUCCUGUUUCUUCACCAACCCCUAUUUUGAGCCUUUCUACUUUAAGCACACCGACACCUAUCUCAUCAAUCACGGUAUCAUCGUCGAGCACGCCAUCUACAACUCCUUCGUCGACUGAAAUCUCUUCCACCUCGACAACGUCAGCACUGCCUACCCAAACCCCCUUCCGGCUCAUAGCCAGCAGCCCCAGUUACGCCGCCGCCGACGGGCAGCCAGCGCGAUAUCUCCCCAGCUCCAACGCCGUCACGGUCUACCUCGUGGCACCCUCUGCGUCCUGGGUCCCUGGAGAGUUUGUCUUUGAAGAAAGCACGGGCUACGUUAAGAUCGCCACCAGUGACACAUACCUUGUAGUCGGCACCGGCUUCGCCCUCACCACCGCCCCCAGCAGCUCCACGAGCUCCAAGGUGAAGUGCUCGGGGCCAGUGCAGGCCGGCGUGGCGCUGAGCUGCUGGCAGGAGGACCAGACAACCCGCAACGCGUUCUUUGUAACAAAUUUCUCGACCUCCCAGACGAUCGCCAUGUAUCCCUCCACCCUGUCUGUCAGCACCCUCUCGAAAAUUCAGCUUCUGCCCCAGUUGGUUGCCACAUAG